UCGCAAAUUCAUCUUCUGACUCCAUUGUCAUGAUGGAGAUAUUCGUCAUCUACUUCAAGCCCAUGUCGCAGCGGGUUGACAGACAUCUCUCGUUGUUCGUCUCGGCUUUACUGCUAGAUUUCGGUGAAACUAGUCCCGUCAUCUCAAUUGGGCUUACAAAGGUGCGUCGUCGAUACGUGGACCUCAGACAAACCAUGCAUUACAGCUCGAUCGACUCCUCUGCAGGAGGCACGUGCUGUCGAAGACAUGCUAAACCGUGUAAGCCAAUGUGCACGGGCACACUCCCACCGAGAGCGCAUGGGAUUGCAGAAAUCCCUGACACCAGGACAGAUCACAAGACGAAAGCUGAUACGGAGCUCGUUCGUCGUGAUCGAGAGGUGAACGCUGCGCGCCUUUUACCUGGCCCGCGAUUUGAAGUUGCCGAGGACCAUUCGAGUCAAAAUUACAAACGAAAUUAGAACUCGCGCCUGUCGUGCGUACGAAUGCCGAUCGCCCAGUCAUCGACUGCCGCCCUCGAGCGGAUGAAGGCGCGCGCUAGACGUUGGGGCGCGUCGGGGAGGCGCGGGGGCGCGGUAAAGUCGAAGGGAGGAAGUCUGGCUCUUGGAGCAGCAGCGCCCUGCGGCGGCCACCGUUGUGGAGGAGGAGGAGGAGGAGGAGGAGGAGGGCCUGCGUCGCCACGAAAGCAGAGCAUGGGAGACGUGGAAGCACGGCAGCCAUGGCGGGGCUGGACACUGAGUCAGCAGCUUCGAUCCAAGAUGAACAUGUCGUCGUCGUCUUUGGCAUUAGUUGCUGCUGCUGCUGCUGCUGCUCGAGACUUCGUCGGCUUACGUACGCACAUGAUCUCUCGCUUGCGAGAAGCUACGACGUGCGCCUCAGGUCGGUCGAAUUUCGCGGUGGAAGUGCAACCGGCGAUCGGUCGUUCUCUCGCUCUCGGAAGGCUACGACGAGGAGUUUUCACUGCAGACGAGCGUGCGCGCGGCGCUGCGGACAUAGUCGGUUCCCAUGCUGUCUAGUCGUGGCAGUAAGUUUUUGAGUUCAGGAAGUCAGCUGUUAGCCAGCGGAAGUAUGCAGAAAUCUGGUGCGAGUGCCCGGCCCAUGCACGUUAUGGCGUCCAAAGAUGGCAGCGGACAGAAAAAGGGCAGACAGGGGACAGGGACAUCCGUUAUGUGGUUUCGGAACGAUUUGCGCGUGUCGGAUAACGAAGCGCUAUUGCGAGCAUGGCAGACAUCUAGUGCCGUGCUUCCAGUUUACUGCCUGGACCCAAGAGUGUUCUCCACUACACAUGUAUUUCAAUUUCCCAAAACUGGAGAACUGCGUGCUCAGUUUAUCUUAGAAAGUGUGGCGGAUUUGCGUAAGAAUCUACAAAGGCGUGGUUUAGACUUAGUCAUUCGAGUUGGACAUCCCGAAGAAAUCGUGCCUAGCCUAGCAGAAGCAGUCGGUGCACACACUGUUUUUGGGCACAAGGAGACUUGUAGUGAAGAGACAACUGUAGAAGGACGCCUCAAAGGUCGUCUCGCGAAGGUGAACGUUCCUAGUGAGGUUCCAGGAAAAUCAGUUAGACACCCACAACUGGAUCUCGUAUGGGGAGGAACUCUGUAUCACAUCGAUGACCUGCCUUUUUCCCCCAAUCAACUACCUGACGUUUACACGCAAUUUCGAAAGGCAUGUGAGACCAACUCCAGGAUAAGGCCAGCCUGUAAGAUGCCUCAUCAAAUGGGACCUUUACCAGAUUCCGUGGAGAAAAUCGGCGGCUGUGGUCCUCUUCCCACCUUGGCCGAUGUUGGGCUGACACCCCGAGAGCAGAGUCCAAGUGGAGUGAUGCAUUUUGCGGGGGGUGAGACCGCAGCUCUAGCUCGCCUUCAGGACUACUUUUGGGUAAAAGACAAGGUACGAGCAUAUAAAGAGACACGAAAUGGUAUGCUUGGUGCAGAUUAUUCCACUAAGUUUUCACCAUGGCUUGCCCAUGGCUGCAUCACGCCACGAACAAUCGGCGAGGAGUUGAAGAAGUAUGAGGGAGAGAGAGUGGCCAACCAAUCUACCUACUGGGUGCUGUUCGAACUUUUGUGGCGGGAUUAUUUCAGGUUCCUUUCCAUCAAAUAUGGAAAUUCCAUUUUCCACUUGGGAGGUCCUCGCAACGUCAAAGGUAAAAGUUGGGGACAGGAUAAACUGCUAUUCGAAGCUUGGAGAGAUGGAAAGACGGGGUAUCCUCUCAUUGAUGCCAACAUGAAGGAGCUGGCACAAACCGGCUUCAUGUCGAAUCGUGGACGACAGAUUGUCUGCUCGUUCUUGGUCAGGGAUAUGGGGCUGGAUUGGAGACUUGGCGCAGAAUGGUUUGAGACAUGUCUCCUAGAUUACGACCCAUGUUCAAACUACGGAAAUUGGACUUACGGUGCUGGAGUAGGAAACGAUCCGCGGGAAGAUCGUUAUUUCAGCAUCCCGAAACAGGCCCAGACUUACGAUGCAGAUGGAGAAUAUGUUGCACACUGGCUUCCUCAGCUGAGGCACCUUCCAAAAACCGCUCGACACUUCCCCAAGGAUGCAUAUCUGAGACCUAUUGUGCCUCUAAGACAUGGGCAAGCUCCACGAAAUCAACCGAACUCAGGCCGUCAGCCGGCUUUCAGGAGAAAUUGAUGUGGUAGCUCAUGGACAUUACCCAUAAACGAAUAGAAUUAGACCAAUUCCACCGUGAAAGGUGCAUUUACUCCUGUACCGAAUCUGAGAAACCUCAAGAGUCCCGUUUUAUUUUCUACCCAUUCCAUUAUCUUACACCGAGAACUGGAGCAGACACGACCAGGCACGAUAAAUCGAGCGCUAAUCCACCGAACAGCCUGAUUUCAAACCAUUCCUUUAAGAGUCUAGCCUCAAAGGAGGCGUCAUACGAUGAGAUUUUGAAGGCUGAUUGUGACUUCGAGAUCCGGGGUGCAAGUUUUUAAAUCUCUUGCCAGCGAACUGGAGGUGAUUUCAUCAGGGCCAGAAAUCGAUAUCCAGGCUCGGGAUCAAGUGUUUGGUUUCUAAUCUUUGCAAUCUUGCUGGGCCCUUGCUGGACAACAUAUCCCGCACUAGAUAGUGGGCUGUCCAGCAACUGCCAGUUUGUAAAUUUCCAAUUUUGAUAUAUUCUACAUGC